CCCACGUGAGCGCUCACGUGCCCGGCGACGAGGGGGAUUGUUUCCGGAAGUGUCUCGGCGUGCGCAGAGCCGGGCGUAGGGCGCUGCGGAGCGGGGCUCCGGCCGGGCUGGUGCGGGGAUGGAGAUUGUCAGGAGCAAUUUUAAAGAUAACCUAAAUAAAGUGUAUGAAGCCAUCGAGGAAGCAGACUUUUUGGCUAUUGAUGGCGAAUUUUCAGGAAUCAGUGAUGGGCCAUCUGUUAGCACAUUAACCAAUGGCUUUGACACACCAGAAGAAAGGUAUCAAAAACUUAAAAAGCAUUCCAUGGAUUUCUUGCUUUUUCAGUUUGGCCUUUGUAGUUUUAAAUAUAACCACACAGAAGCUAAAUACAUAAUGAAGUCAUUUAACUUCUAUAUUUUUCCAAAACCCUUCAAUAGAAGUUCACCAGAUGUCAAGUUUGUCUGUCAGAGUUCAAGUAUAGACUUUUUAGCAAACCAAGGAUUUGAUUUUAAUAAAGUUUUUCGCAAUGGAAUCCCAUAUUUAAAUCAGGAAGAGGAAAGACAGUUACGGGAGCAGUAUGAUGAAAAACGUUCGCAGUCUAAUGGUGCAGGGACCCUUUCGUACAUUUCUCCUAAUGCCACAAAGUGUCCUGUGACUAUUCCUGAGGAUCAGAAAAAAUUCAUCGAUAGAGUGGUGGAGCAAAUAGAAGAUUUAAUACAAAAUGAAGAAAACAGUAAUUUGCAGUUGGAUCCAUGCACAGGGUUUCAGAGGAAAUUAAUUUAUCAGACCUUGAGCUGGAAGUAUCCAAAAGGUAUCCAUGUCGAAACUCUGGAGACAGAGAAGAAGGAAAGAUACAUUAUCAUUAGCAAGGUAGAUGAAGAAGAGCGCAGAAGAAGAGAACAGCAGAAACUAGCAAAAGAACAGGAAGAACUCAGCGAUGCAGUGGGAUUUUCCAGGGUCAUUCAUGCCAUUGCUAAUUCUGGCAAACUUGUUGUUGGACACAACAUGCUACUGGAUGUCAUGCACACUAUCCACCAGUUUUACUGUCCUCUACCUGAAGACCUAAGUGAGUUUAAGGAGUUAGCGGCAUGUGUCUUUCCCAGACUAUUGGAUACUAAACUGAUGGCAAGUACGCAACCUUUUAAGGAAAUUAUUAACAACACAUCCCUUGCGGAACUGGAAAAACGUUUAAAAGAGAUUCCAUUCAAUCCUCCAGAAGUUGAAAGUGCAGAAGGGUUUCCAAGUUAUGACACAGCUUCUGAACAACUUCAUGAAGCAGGCUAUGAUGCUUAUAUAACAGGACUGUGUUUCAUCUCCAUGGCUAACUACCUAGGUUCAUUUCUCAGUCCUCCAAAAAGUCAUGUAUCUGCUAGAUCAAAACUCAUUGAACCUUUUUUUAACAAGUUAUUUCUUAUGAGGGUAAUGGACAUACCAUAUCUCAAUUUGGAAGGACCAGACUUGCAGCCAAAACGAGACCAUGUUCUUCAUGUUACAUUUCCAAAAGAGUGGAAGACUAGUGAUCUUUACCAGCUUUUCAGUGCCUUCGGUAAUAUUCAGGUAUCUUGGAUUGAUGAUACAUCAGCAUUUGUGUCACUUAGCCAGCCAGAGCAAGUACAAAUAGCUGUAAACACCAGCAGGUAUGCUGAAAGUUAUAGGAUCCAGACCUAUGCAGAAUAUGUUGAGAAAAAGCAUGAAGAGAAUCAGGCAAAAAGGAAGUGGACAGAAGAUAGUUGGAAGGAGAUGGAGAGAAAGCGAUUAAAAACGCAAUACACAUCAUACGUUCCCCACAGUCGGUAUUACUGUGCUAACAGUUUUACAACUACCAGCACAAUGGGAAAAAGAAGUAUGAGCCCUAUUCAAGAGGAAGCUUGCUCUGAUGAUAUGGAAGAGAGAGAAAUCCAAGGCACAGAGCUUGAUGAAACAGAUUGCUAUGCAGAGUGUGUUCCAGAGGGAAGGAAGAGAGCCAAAAAGUUCAAAAAAGUCAAGGAAGAGCAAGAUCCAACAGGAAGCAUCACAAGUGGGUCUACAGAACUCUUUGAAGUUCCCGACACAUGGUAGCCAGCAUCUGUAUUAAUAAAAAUUUGAAUCUGAUUCAAAGCAUUUGCAAGAGUAUACCACUUGGAAGCCAUACUUUAUUUAAAUAAAAAGUGGUGUGAAAAAAGAAGUAUGUCUCCUGGAAAUGAAUUUAAUUUUUUAAACUGUUGACUGAACAAUCACUGUCAGUUUUAUUCAUGUAUUAACCAGAUUACAAUUCUGUCUGAUCAUGUGAAAUCUUUGUUGUCGUAAAUAAUGUUAGAUUAAGAAACAAGACUAAAUGUCUUUUGGUUACUAUUAUGGCAUGUUCGCUGUGAAAUGUACAUAAAGAAUCAGCACUAUUAUGAAUUUUGUUAGGUUGUGUCCUGUAUUUGAGGGGAGUUAUCACACAAGUCUUCUCAUCAUAUGUUCGGGGAAUAUCAGUAUGCUAUCAGCAGUCCUGAACAGAUAAACCUCACUAUUGGUUACUGCUUCCUACCAGUUACCCUGGAAACCUUACAGUGUUGCCCUUUCUGCCUAGGAGGAAGACUUCAGCCAGUAUCUGUCUGGAAACUAGUCCUACACCUAUACUAUCCUUGUGUCCUCUUGGGAAAAAAUUACGAAAAAAAAUUAAUGUUGGGGGGAAAUGGGUUUUCUUUGCUGUUUCCACUCUUAAGUCUUGAUCUGGUUUUCCAUGGUUUGUGUAUUUGUAAAAAUGUUUUUGGAACCUGUGACAAACCUGCAAACUGCACCAGCCCUUUAUUCAUUAUAAAGAUCUGCUUUGGUAGAUUUCAGAAACUUUGAUAUUUAACAUUUUUGUAUCAUGGAAAUAAAGACAAAAAAUGUAUUUCCAUAAAAUUAAA